GUUGCCAAAGCACUGCACCGCGCGCGCGCGCGCUCGCUGACAACGACGACGACGACGGGCAUUGACAUCAGUGGAGACCGCGAGCGUGACAACAACACGGAGGCUCCUGAAUACCGUUUGGGAUGGCAGUGAAUGUGUACGCCACAUCGGUGUCCAUCGACAACCUCAGCCGACAUGACAUGCUGGCAUGGGUCAACGAUUCCCUGCACCUCACCUACACUAAGAUCGAACAGCUCUGCUCAGGAGCGACAUACUGCCAGUUCAUGGACAUGUUGUUUCCGGGUUGUAUCCUUCUGAAGAAGGUCAAAUUUCAAGCCAAGCUGGAGCAUGAAUCUAUACACAACUUCAAACUUCUUCAGGCAGCUUUUAAAAGGAUGAGCAUCGACAAAAUAAUUCCCGUAGAAAAGCUCGUGAAAGGGAAGUUCCAGGACAACUUUGAAUUCGUGCAGUGGUUCAAGAAGUUCUUCGACGCCAACUACGACGGGAAGGAGUACGACCCGUUGCUAUCCAGACAGGGGCAGGACGUGGCCCCCGCCCCCAACCCAGGUGAUCACUUUAUCCACAAACCAAAGAGAAACGCAGGACCACAGAGGACAUCGCCGACGGUUCCCAAAAACAUGCCAACACCACAGCGGGUCCAACACAACAUACCAGCCAUGAGGAAGAACCCGUCUUUGUCUAGAAACGGGGGCAGCGACGCUGAGAUCAUGGAGCUAAAUCAACAGUUGAUGGAGUUGAAGUUGACUGUGGACGGACUGGAGAAGGAGAGAGACUUCUACUUCAGCAAACUACGGGACAUCGAGCUGAUCUGCCAGGAGCACGAGAGUGAAAACAGCUCCGUCCUCAGCAGCAUAAUCAACAUUCUCUACGCAACGGAGGAUGGCUUUGCACCUCCGGAGGACGAGGACCUUGAAGAACAAGCUCACCUGGACCAGGAUGAAUACUGAGCACCCCCCUCCUCCCCCUCCCAACAUCUCCAUCUUCCCUUUCCUUUUCUUUUGGCCCUCAUAUAUUUUCUAUUCUCUCUGCACGCGCUCUAUAAAUACUCACCAUUAUCCCUCCUUCCCUCCCUCCCUCAGUCUUUUCUUUUCUUUCUCAUACGUAUAUAUCUGUUCGUAACCCUCCCCCCCCCCCCCCCAUCUGCCCUCUGGCUGUCUCUCCCCCCCCGAUACACAACUAGUCUGCAUCCUCCUCCGCUCACAACAUUAACACAUAACAGUAAACAGUGAGUUUUAAAGUCUGUAAAUAUUGCCGACAUUGCGAUUUCCGAGCGAACAAAUGUCUUCGCUCGUUACGGAGUUAUUUAAUCUGAUUUAACUUUGGUGCGCUGUGAUAUUCGAGCUCGGAAAACAACGCCCGUGCCAUUCGGGACACUCCCCAGAGCUACUAAAAACCGAAACGAAAAGUGGGACUUUUGUUUUUUAAAUAACGAUUUCUUAUUUAUUUAACUUAUUUAUCUUAAUUUUUUAGAUUAACUUCAUGUAGCAAAAAAAAUUGGUGCAACGACUACUGUGCGUGAAUUGAAAGCUUGAGGCCGCGUGUGUUAUUUUAAUUAUGGCUUGUGCUUGAGUCAUUAUCGAGCUUAUUUUUUCGGUUUCAGAGGGUUCACGGCAUGUCGAAAAGGUCGAAGGAAAUUCUUUUGUCUCGACUCGAGGCGUGCGAUCAGUGCUCCACGAUUAUUCAUCAGUGAACCAGCAACAUAUCUGAGCAUGAGAAUGUUACACAUUGACUGUGAAUGAGUGAUAUUUUGUAUACGUGUGUGUGUGUGUGUGUGUGUGUGUGUGGGGAUUUUAUCCGAUGUCGCACGAUCACCGGUUAAAAUCGCCGAUAUAUCUUUUAGGCCGACGUGCAGAAAGUUUGACAUUUUAGGAGGUGGGAAAAGCCACCGCCUGCAGACUUGACGACACGGUUAGAGAUCGUAGCAGUAAAAAUGUUGGCUUCUAAAAAUAUUAAAAAAGGGGGUGCCCCUAACACUGAAUAAAUUAAUACAUGUACGUGUUGACACACCACAGGGUUUGUUGUGUUUUUUUUUCUUCCUGCUAACCAUACUGUGUUUAGACUUUUUUAUUUUGCUAUUAAGGGUUGCCCAGGGUAUCUUGAGUUGUAGUUAUGGAAAGAAAGUCAGUCUAAAUAAAUCGUUGACUAUUUUUGA